CCGUCCAGGCUAUAAACCCGUCGACGAUGCGCACCGCGGUGAAGUGAGCGCGCGCGUCUUCGACUCAUCUCGGUGUGCUGUGUGUCGCCGCUCACCGAGAGAGAGAGUGAGAGAGAGAGAUGGCGGAUGGGUUGGAUUGGGAGUCGCUGACGGAGGCGACGUCGGGGGCGGUUGGGGCGCUGGUCAGCACCACCGUGCUUUACCCCCUCGACACUUGCAAGACCAAGUAUCAGGCCGAAGUCCAAUCCCAUGGCCAGCGCAAGUACAGGAAGCUUUCUGAUGUACUGUGGGAGGCAAUUUCCACACGCCAAUUUCUUUCGCUCUACCAAGGACUAGGCACCAAGAAUUUGCAAUCUUUCAUAUCGCAAUUUGUUUAUUUUUAUAGUUAUAGCUAUUUUAAACGUUGGUAUCUGCAAAAGAGUGGAGCUAAAUCUAUUGGAACAAAAGCUAACUUGGUUGUCGCUGCUGCUGCUGGUGCUUGCACUGUGGUUGUGACUCAGCCACUAGAUACUGCAUCUUCUAGAAUGCAAACUAGUGCAUUCGGUAAAUCCAAGGGUUUAUGGGAAACCCUGUCAGAAGGAUAUUGGAGUGAAGCAUAUGAAGGCUUAGGCAUAUCUCUCCUCUUGACAGCAAAUCCUGCGAUUCAGUAUACAGUAUUUGAUCAGUUGAAACAAAGAAUUCUGAGGAAACAAAGCAGUAAAGUUAUGCCAGCAGACACUAAAUCAUCUCCAGCAGUUCUUUCUGCCUUCUCAGCCUUUGUACUUGGAGCCAUCUCAAAGAGCGUAGCAACCAUCGUGACCUACCCAGCUAUUAGGUGUAAAGUUAUGAUUCAAUCUGCUGAUACUGAAGAUGAAUCCAACAAGGAUACACAAUCUAAAACCCCCAAGACAAUGGUGGGUGCCUUAUCUUCUAUAUGGGGAAAAGAAGGGUUUCCUGGCGUAUUCAAAGGUCUGCAGGCUCAGAUUCUGAAAACUGUUUUGAGCUCUGCCUUAUUGCUGAUGAUAAAGGAGAAGAUCUCAAAGUAUACGUGGAUUUCCAUGCUUGCUCUCAGAAGAAGUUUUUUAGACCAUGGCUUGCUAUGGGGGAGACUGUGAACUCUAUAAAGACCAGCUUGCUGAUUUCUGCAACAAUAGGAGCAGCAGCAAGAGGUUGAUUCAGUGGUUCCUUAAAGCUAUAAAAGUUUGAAGAGGGUUGAGUACCUUGGACUAAUGUACGUUCUCUGUCAUGGCAAAAUAUUUUAUUGGUAUUGAACUAUCUGAGCUUUGGAUUUGAGGUCAUGAAGGAGUUGCAAGUCUCUGAAUCUUGACAGUGCAUUUGCCAGACUUUAUGCUUCACUGAAACAAAAUUUUCCAGCUAAAAAUAAAUCCUGUGCUUGUUCUUAGAAAGGUAAAGCUAGUCUGUUCUGCUUGAUAUGCUCAAGAGAUGGUGUAGUAACUUGGAUUGAUGAAUUGGUGAAAACUGGAAGAGCCACAAAGGAUAAGAAUGAAAAAUGGAGAUUGGAUAGAGGAAAAGAAAGAACAUAAGAGAGAGAGAGAGAGAGAGAGAGAGGAUUCUCUUAGAGCAAUUGGUGUUCUUCAUCAGAAGCUUUGUCAGUCAUCUCCAACAUGGAUGGAAUUCAAACACUUGUCACCAUCAUUGGCUCUCUCAGGUCAAAAAGUACACUAUUGACAGCGUGUGCUUCACGUUCUGCACAUGGAACAGCUUCCAUUCACCAUCUCCAUUUCUGGUCCCAUUACAGCUUUAAAGAACUCAACAUGAUUCUGCCAAACUCACCGGCCACCACAUUGCUUUGCUUGGCUUCCAUCCCCAAGAUUUCACCCCUACCAGUCAUGAUUCCUGUAAUUUGACUUCUUCUUGAGAUAGAUAGUUUCGAACAACAAGCAAGACUGGUCAAAUACGUGUGACAGCCGCCUUGGAUGAGGUUCCUCUUAGACUUAUAUUUAUGUAACUCAACAGUAGUGAUUUCUUUUACAUUUAGAUUGGAUUUUUUUGGG